UACCAAGGAGAACAAUAUAAAAAGGAUCCGGCACAGCAGCUUUUCUUCGUGACACACAGCGACUAUGGAGAAGAGGCAGCCCCUCUUUGUUUGUGUGCUUCUGGCACUUUGUGCCACUCAGACGGCGAAUGGAGGAAACAUUCUGGUGUGGUACACUGAGGGCAGCCACUGGAUUAACAUGAAGCCUGUGCUGGAGGGUCUGAUCGACAGGGGACACCAGGUCACCGUCCUGGUUCCGAGCACGACUCUGUUCAUGAACACCAGUAUUUCUUCUCGCCUUCAGUACGAAAACUUCGAGGUAUCCAUCUCACUGAAGGAGAUGGAGACGUUUUUUGACAACUUUCUUCAAUUCACCCUGUAUGAGAUGGAUCAAAUGAACUCCUUGCAGAUGUACAUGAAGUUUAUUGAGAUAAUGGAGGUCAACCUGCAGUAUACUUUGAAGUAUUUGGACGGAGUGGUGAAAUCAGACACCGUCAUGAAGAAGCUGAAGGAAGGAAAAUAUGACCUUCUCCUGGCUGACCCCGUCUUCGCCGGCAGUGACUUGACUGCAGAGAUUUUGGGCAUCCCUCUGGUUUUCACUCUGCGCUUCAGCUUUGUGAAUAACUGGGAGAGAUACUGUGGCCAGCAACCGGCUCCACCGUCCUUUGUCCCUGCUGUUAUGAGCAAACUGACAGACAAGAUGGACUUCUCAGAGAGAGUGUGGAACUUUGCCUUCUAUUUAAUCAAUGACAUCAUUUUGAACAACAUUUAUUGGAAAAAAGUAGAUGCAUAUUACUCUGAAAUCCAAGACGGCAGCCACUGGAUUAACAUGAAGCCUGUGCUGGAGGGUCUGAUCGACAGGGGACACCAGGUCACCGUCCUGGUUCCGAGCACAACUCUUUUCAUGAACACCAGUAUUUCUUCUCGCCUUCAGUAUGAAAACUUCGAGGUAUCCAUCUCACUGAAGGAGAUUGAGACGCAUUUUGACAACUUUCUUCAAUUCACCAUGUAUGAGAUGGAUCAAAUUAACACCUUGCAGAUGUACUUGAAGUAUAUGGAGAUAAUGGCGGUUGACCUGCAGUUUACUUUGAAGUAUUUGGAUGGAGUGGUGAAAUCAGACACCGUCAUGAAGAAGCUGAAGGAAGGAAAAUAUGACCUUCUCCUGGCUGACCCCCUCUACACCGGCAGUGAUUUGACAGCAGAGAUUUUGGGCAUCCCUCUGGUUUUCACUCUGCGCUUCAGCUUUGUGAAUAACUGGGAGAGAUACUGUGGCCAGCAACCGGCUCCACCGUCCUUUGUCCCUGCUGUUAUGAGCAAACUGACAGACAAGAUGGACUUCUCAGAGAGAGUGUGGAACUUUGCCUUCUAUUUAAUCAAUGACAUCAUUUUGAACAACAUUUAUUGGAAAAAAGUAGAUGCAUAUUACUCUGAAAUCCAAGGGAAACCGACCAGUGCCUGCCAGACAAUGAGUAAAGCAGACUUCUGGUUGAUUCGAACCUACUGGGAUUUUGAAUUCCCUCGUCCAUUCCUCCCCAACUUCAAAUACAUUGGUGGGAUCCACUGCAGACCUGCUAAACCUUUGCCAGAGGAUAUGGAGGAAUUUGUGCAGAGUUCAGGGGACGCUGGCAUCGUGGUCUUCACUUUGGGAUCCAUGGUCAGGAACAUCACUGCUGAGAAGGCGAACGUGAUCGCCUCGGGCCUCGCUCAGAUCCCACAAAAGGUGCUGUGGAGAUACAGUGGAGAAAAACCAGAGACUCUUGGUGAUAACACCAGAUUAUAUGAAUGGAUCCCUCAGAACGACCUGCUGGGUCAUCACAAGACCAGAGCCUUCAUCACCCACGGUGGCACAAAUGGGAUUUAUGAGGCCAUCUACCACGGUGUUCCCAUGGUGGGCAUCCCCUUGUUCGUUGACCAACCAGACAACAUGAACCACAUGAAGGCCAAGGGAGCUGCAGUUAUCGUGGACUUAAACUUCAUGAAGCCUGAGGACCUGAGAGAUGCGAUCAAUACUGUUAUCAAAGAGAAAUCGUACAAGGAGAGUGCCAUGCGGCUGUCCAGUAUCCACCAUGACAGACCCACCAGUCCCCUGGAUGAGGCCUUGUUCUGGAUCGAGUUCACCAUGAGAAACAACGGGGCCAAGCACUUGAGGGUCCAGGCCCAUGAGCUGACCUGGUACCAGUACCACUCCCUGGACGUCCUGGCCUUCCUCCUUGCAGUCGUCCUGCUCAUCACACUCCUCUUCAUCUGGACAUGCCGUUACUGUUUUAGGAUGUGCUGUGGCAGGAGAGGCAAGAAAAAGACUGACUGAUGGACUUUAAGAUUUGAAAUGCAGUCUGCAAAGAAGUGACUGGUGAAACACUGACAGUUCUCAGGUUUUCAUGUCGAGUCUGAGGCACGUUGUGUCUCCACGAUGUCCUGGAUGUGCGUUUGUGAUCAGUGAUCCUCAACUUCUGACAUGACUAAGACUAUAACUGUCAUGUAAAAAGUAGAUUGACCGUACUCUUGAAUAAAGAUCGGAAAAAGCUC